AUGGCGUCGCCGCCAAAUAAGCGACCUCGGCAGGCGAGUCUGCACCCUGAGCCGCGGAUCAUCAGGGAUCCGAUGCAGCUCUCGCCAUGUGCUCGCUGCCAGGAUCGCAAUAUGACCACAUCAUAUGCACCACGGCAGCCCUUCCAACCCCAGGCGCGUUUGUCGGUAUCAUCAUCAGCCUCUAGUCGGUCUUCGCCAUCACUACCGCCAACCAUGACCGAACUGGAUCCUCAGGCAGGCUUCCAGUUGUCCGAUGAGGAUGACGACUCCGACCCAACGCGGUCUAGCCUUCCAGCAGAGAUGAAAGACGCGUUGCAUCUGCAAGACCUGGAAUUAAUGAUGCACUGGUGCACGACAACUUACCGCUCCGUGUUGCGGGACCGCCUCGACAAAGCACUUUGGCAAACCGUCAUUCCGCGACUAUCACUCCGACAUGCCCCAUUACGGCACGGCCUAUUAGCUGUAUCCGCCCUUCAUCUCGCCGCAACUAGCACCAGCCCAGACCAGAAGCGGACGUAUGUCAUCACAGCUCGUGACCACCAAACCGAAGCUCUCGCGGGAAUCCAGUUAGCCGAACUAUCCGACCUCACCACGGCGGAAUGCAACGCCGUCUUUGCAUUGUGUAUGCUCAUGACCGUCUUUCGAUUUGCAUACUGCCAAAUCAACAAGGUGGAAGAUGAACCCGUGCAUGACCACGAAGAAGACGACGAGCUAUUCAGCAUCCUGGAUGAAUUCAUAGAAGUCUUCCAAUUGACGAAGUGGCUUCUCGACGCAAUGAGGACCGUAGGCGGCCGCGUCGCAGCCAGUGAGCUCGCAUCGCUGACUGCACCCGCCGAAGCCCAUCCAACGAUGCCCGACAUGUCGCGCCUGGUAGUGCAAGCACUGCAGCGCCAGAACGAGCUCGAGACGGCCCGGCAACCCACCCAACACAAGACCGCGGUCUUCGAGUCUGCCAUUCACCACCUGAGUGACUCGCUCGAGACGCUGAUGAAAGGCGCUGAGCCGAAGGCAUUUGCGUUUUGCUGGAUAUCUAAUGUUCCCUCUGCCUUCAUGGAUCUCGUGGAGGAGCACCACCCGUUUGCGCUGGUGGUCCUUGCCCAUUAUGCGGUUAUUCUCCAUCACCUGCGGGACUCGUGGUGGAUGGGCGACUGGGGCUCGCGUUUGCUGAGGGAGAUUGGCGAUACCCUAGGACCGGAUUGGAGGCCACUGAUCAAUUGGCCGGUGGAUGCGACGGGGUGUUUUCUUCCAGAGGUUUAA